UUGAUAGAUAAGACACUUCAGGAAAGUGCUUUUAUUAAAUAAUACAUCUUUUUUAAAAUUAGUUGAAUAACAAUAAUUAUAUAGAAAGUGCUUAAACCAUGUUCAAGUUUAUAGUUUUCUUGUUCAUACCUUGUGUUUUUGGGGACGCCACACUCAGCAAUCGUACGUUUCCAGACGGUUUUAGUUUCGGCACUGCAACAGCGGCGUACCAAAUUGAAGGGGCGUGGAAUGAGGAUGGAAAAGGGGAACAGCUAUGGGACUGGUAUACUCACACCUAUCCAGACAAAAUCGAUCUGGGAUACAACGGUGACGUUGCCUGUGACAGUUAUCACAAAUGGCAGGAAGAUAUCCAGAUUCUGAAGGACCUAGGCGUUCAGCAUUACAGACUGUCAAUUUCCUGGAGUAGGAUACUGCCAAACGGAACCGUCAACAACAUAAACCAGAAAGGCAUUGACUAUUACAUCAAUGUCCUAAAGACCCUGAAAGAAAAUAAUAUUGAACCUAUGGUAACCCUGUAUCAUUGGGAUCUACCAAUCAUUCUACACCAAAUGGGAGGCUGGACCAAUCCAAUAACCGCAGAAUACUUCGCAGAAUAUUCUAGGAUCGCUUUUAAAUAUUUCGGAGAGUAUGUAAAAACCUGGAUCACCCUGAACGAACCUCAAUCAACAUGCUGGGGAGGGUACGACUCCGGAUCAAAAGCUCCUGGAUAUACUCUGGCAGGUCUAGGAUUAUACGAGUGUGCUUACGUGCAUGUCCUGGCACAUGCCAAAGCGUACCAUAUCUACGAUAAUGAGUUUAGAGCACAACAAAAAGGAAGAAUAUCUAUAGUAAUCGAUUCACCGUGGGCUGAAGCAGCUUCAAACUCUUCUGAAGAUGUAGAAGCAGCUCAAACUGAGAGAGAAUUUGUUCUUGGACUGUACGCUAACCCAAUCUACUUAGGCAACUGGCCUCAAGUUGUUAUAGAUAAUGUGGCUACAAGGAGUGAAUUGGAAGGUUUUGCCCAAUCAAGACUUCCUCAAUUCACUCAAGAACAAAUUGAUUAUAUCAACGGUACUGCUGACUUCUUUGGACUCAAUACAUAUGGAACAAAUUUGAUAAGCCACCUAAACAAGCCAAAUGAAAACAUAGGCGUACCCAAUUACGGUUUAGAUAAAGGUACGUCAUCUUCAGUGGACCCGUCCUGGCCCUCAGAUGUCCCAUGGGUCCAUCAAGUGCCAUGGGGGUUCAGGAAAUUGCUGAAAUACGUUUAUGAGCAGUAUAAUCAUCCAGAAAUUAUCGUCACUGAAAACGGUUGGGCUGACAAGACUGGCACUUUAACAGAUAUUGAUAGACAGUCUUAUAUAACUCAAUAUUUGAGUGCUUUGCUGGAUGCUUACUAUGAAGAUGGCGUCAAUGUUACAGGUUAUACUGUUUGGAGCUUACUGGAUAAUUUUGAAUGGACUAAUGGUUACACUCAAAAAUUGGGUCUUGUACAAGUGGAUUUUGAAGAUGCUAACAGAACUAGAACACCAAAAGAUUCUUAUUAUUGGUUCCAGAACGUAAUCAAAACCAAAUGCUUAGUAGAAGAAUGUCUUUAAGAGCAUAGCAUGUACAAUGUAAAAUAAAAAUAAAUUUUAUUAAGAAAUUA